AUGCAGAUAAACCCGGUGUUUGUGGAGUCCACUGUAGUUUUGGCUGUGGUACUAUGUGUCCAUAUGGUGGUCUGGAACCAGCACUCCUGGUGCAGCAUAGCCCUUAUCAUCCAGGCUUUCUAUGUACAGCAUAAAUGGGACCGCCUACUCAGGUCAGGUGGUGCUGUAUUCCAGUUCCGUCCAACAGCAAAUAGUGGCAUUGUCCCCGCAUCCAUGGUGAUGCCCCUCCUGGGCCUUGUAUUGAGAGAAAGGUGCUCUGCCUCAGGGAAUGUCUACUUUGAGCGCUUCUCUAUGGUGGUCACCAUCACAGGCAUGAUAUUGGCUCUUUUCCUAUCCCUUAUUGCUCUAGGCAUCACUAGGCCUGUGCCCACAAACACUUGUGUGAUUGCUGGCAUGGCAGGGAGUGCAAUUCUUUACACUACCAAACAAACCCUGACAGUUUCUGAAGUUAUUGAGGUUCUGGAAGUACUAUUGAUCUUCGUCUACAUCAGCCUGAUUUUGUUAUACCUGCUCCCACGCUGCUUCACUCCUGGAGAGGCCCUCCUCAUCGUUGGAGGAAUCAGCUUCAUUGUAAACCAGCUCAUCAAGCGCUCCUUGAGCCUGGCAGAUGUCAAAGGUGACCCAGUGAACUAUUUCCUGCCUGUGGUAGUUGUGGGCUCACUGUUGCUGGGAGUUUUCUUUGCCCUUCUCUUCUGCUUCAUGGAGUCUGAGACCUGGGUGUCAUCACUCUUCUUCCACAUGAUGACUGCUGUUCUGGGUCUGGGAAUCCUCAUGCCAUGGCUAUCCUUGUUCAUUGGACGUCAUCCCAUCAUGUGGCUGUUGGAUUUUGUCACAUUAAAUGAGAGGAGACUCUGCUUGCUAGGGUACUGGGUGUUCCUGGCUAGUGUGGCUACCUGUGUUGUGCUACACCAGAACUACCAACGCCAGUCUGGGUCAAAGAAGCAUCAGGCCUCAACCGUGGUCAGGAAGUAUUUCCACUUGAUUGUGGUGGCGACAUAUGUCCCUGGACUGAUAUAUGAUAGACAACUGCUCCAUGUUGCAUCUAUGGGUUGCCUGGCAGUUUUCUUGCUCUUGGAGUAUGUGCGGUACUUUCGUAUCAAGCCACUCGGACAGCUCCUCAGGCAGUUACUCACAUUGUUCCUGGAUGAACGGGACUCGGGACCUCUCAUCUUGACCCAUAUCUACCUGCUCCUGGGCAUGUCUCUGCCAAUAUGGCUAUUUCCUGGGCCAUGUGCUCCUAAAGGGAUAUUGUCUGGUGCAGGCGGCCUAGUGCCUUAUGCAGGUGUUUUGGCUGUGGGAGUCGGAGACACUGUGGCAUCUGUGUUUGGCAGCACCAUGGGUGAGAUUCGCUGGCCUGGCACCAAGAAAACCAUGGAGGGGACUGCAACAUCUGUAUUUGCCCAAAUCAUAGCUGUGGCUAUGUUCCUCAUCUUUGAUGGGAGCAUUAACCUGAACUCCACCUAUUCCUGGAUUGUAGGAUCGAUCACACUGGUGGCCAUGCUGGAGGCCUACACCUCCCAGAUAGACAACCUCCUACUCCCGCUCUACCUCUUCAUUUUGCUACUGCUUUGAUUGCUUUUCACGGACAACACAACCAACAGGAUUACCAGACUCCUUAGCCCUGGCCUUGGCCCUCGCUCGGAG